AUGACGAGUUCAGAAUUCAGCAAUCCUCUCAGAAAGUUCAAACUCGUGUUCCUAGGAGAACAGAGCGUGGGCAAGACAUCGCUCAUCACGCGUUUUAUGUACGAUACCUUUGAUAACACGUAUCAGGCAACAAUUGGCAUUGAUUUCUUAUCAAAAACCAUGUAUUUAGAAGAUCGCACCGUUCGUCUUCAGUUAUGGGAUACUGCGGGACAAGAACGAUUCCGCAGUUUAAUUCCCAGCUAUAUCCGCGAUUCUUCUGUUGCCGUGGUUGUUUAUGAUAUCACUAAUCGUGCAUCCUUCGUAAGCACUUCAAAAUGGAUUGAAGACGUUCGUGCCGAGCGUGGACAUGAUGUGAUUGUUGUACUUGUUGGUAACAAAACCGAUUUGCAAGAGAAAAGACAAGUCACUGUAGAAGAAGGAGAGCAAAAGGCCAAAGAGACCAACGUGAUGUUUAUCGAGACCAGUGCUAAAGCGGGACAUAAUGUGAAAACGCUUUUUAAACGCAUAGCUCAGGUUCUGCCUGGUAUGGAUCAAGGUCUUGAAGCACCUACCAAGGAACAAAGUAAGCGCAAUCUUGACAAAAAAGAUUGA